AUGAUCGCCAAUAUCUCGCCCCGGGCGAUCUUCGAGCAGCCGCCGGAAUGCGCCGACUACAGCAACUUCUUCCCGGUGCUACCAUUCGACAGCGACACCCCGUCGGCGCAGUUCUUCACCCAAGUUCCGCUCUACCAGCCCGAGAAUAACCACACCGAUCUGCCUGCAACGUUGCAGGAGUGCUGUCACUAUAAGACGUGGACAUACGCGGACCCAGAACUAUGCACGGCGAUCUGCAAUUCGAGGACGUUGAAACAAGCGCUGGAAGUGCAGUAUUGCCUGAAUGCGCAGAAGAUCCACUAUGGGGUGUUGGCGAACACCGGUGCUGUGCCUACGGCAAGGCUGUGGGCUAUUCUGUGCGUGGGCGGCCUCGUGCUUUCGAUGGUGAUGUUUUGA